AUGGUAAUCAAGGUCAGCGCCAUACUUGUCGCUGUCGCCGGCUGCAUUUCAGGGGCAUGGAGCUCGAAUAUGCGCCAAGCCUCGAGCGACGAUGACCUCGGAAGGCUCCCAAAGUCCUGUCAGCAUGGCGGCGACAUGUGCCGCGCGGACGAAGACGUCAGUGACAUCAACGCGCUCUUGCAGCAUCAAUGGUACCGGCGCGUUCGUCAACGCCGCCGCCGUCGCCGCCCCGGCUUCCACCGCCGCUUCCAUCCCCGGCACUACGGAAGGUAUUAUGGGGCCCCGACUACGACUACAUCCACGACGACCCCAUCCGCGUCGUGCGGCGAUGAGUUCCCGGACAUGAUCAUCACGGGUGUCAUCGAUGGUCCUCUGCCGGGGGGGGAGCCCAAAGCCAUGGAGUUGUACGUCGCCAGAGACAUUCCGGACUUGACGAUCUGGGGGUUGGAACUGGCAAGUAACGGAGCCAAUUCAACCGGCAGUCCUAGCUUCACUUUCCCAUCUGGCGCAGCCACAGCAGGAGACUUCAUCUACGUCUCUUUUGAGACCACGAACUUCAAUGCGUUCUUCGGUUUCGACCCCAACUACACGAACAGUGUCCUCAACGUCAACGGUAACGAUGCGCUCUUGCUGUACGAGUCCAACAUUGCCGUCGACUUCUUCGGGCAAGCAGGUCAGGAUGGGAUUGGACAGCCUUGGGCGUACAUGGAUUCCUGGGGGUACCGAAAGUCCGUGGUCCCCAGUGGCUCGGGUUUUCAGGUGGCGGACUGGACAUUUCCGGGCAUAAACGCGCUGGAUGGUGAAACCAACAAUGCCAAUGCAACGACGCCGUUCCCUCUUCAGACAUUUGCGUGCCCUGGUCCAUCCACCACAGUUCAAACUACGUCCACGACAACCGUGGCAGGGAUCUGUGGCGAUGAGUUCCCGGACAUGAUCAUCACGGGUGUCAUCGAUGGUCCUCUGUCAGGGGGUACUCCUAAGGCCAUGGAGUUGUACGUCGCCAGAAACAUUGCGGACUUGAGCGACUGGGAGUUGCAAGUGGCAUUCAAUGGCAAUCCACCCAGCACUACGUUUACAUUCCCUGCCGAUUCCGCCACAGCAGGAGACUUCAUCUACGUCUCUUUCGAGACAACGAACUUCAAUGCCUUCUUUGGUUUCGGCCCCAACUUCACCAGUGGUGUCCUCAAUGUCAACGGUAACGACGCGUUCCUUCUCAAACGGCUUGGCAUCUCGGUUGACUUCUUCGGGCAAGUGGGUCAGGAUGGGACUGGACAGCCUUGGGAAUACCUAGACUCCUGGGGCUACCGAAAGUCCGUGGUCCCCAGUGGCACGGGGUUUCAAGUGGCCGACUGGACCUUUCCAGGCAUAAACGCUCUUGACGGAGAAACCACCAACGCUAAUGCAGCUACACCAUUCCCUCUGCAGACAUUUACUUGUCCGCCUUCGUUGCCUACCACGACAAGCACGACUCUAAGUGCGACCCAGCGCUGUCCGGGUGGUCAGAUGUGCUCCUCGCUUCUGGACAUGAUCAUCUCGGGCGUCAUCGAUGGUCCUCUCUCAGGGGGUACCCCCAAGGCCAUGGAGUUGUUCGUUGUAAACGACAUUCCGGACUUGAGCAACUGGGGACUACAAGUGGCAUUCAAUGGCAAUCCACCCAGCACUACCUUUACGUUCCCUAGCGAUUCCGCCACAGCAGGAGACUUCAUCUACGUCUCUUUCGAGACAACGAACUUCAAUGCCUUCUUCGGCUUCGACCCUGACUACACCAGCGGAGUCCUCAAUGUCAACGGUAACGAUGCGCUCCUUCUCCAAGAGUUUGGCGUCUCGGUUGACUUCUUCGGGCAAGUGGGUCAGGAUGGGACUGGGCAGCCUUGGGAAUACCUAGACUCCUGGGGGUACCGAACGUUCUACAGCGGCGUAGCAUCCUUCAAUGUGAGCGACUGGAACUUUCCUGGUCCAAACGUGCUGGAUGGCGCAAGCACCAAUGCUGAUGCAAGCACGCCAUUCCCAGUGGCGAGCUUUUGCUGUAAUUAG